AUGGGGGAGGGUGGUGAUCGUUUUACUCGCCCACUCAAGAUUCCUUUCUGUCUGACUGUCUGUCUAUCUGUUUUUCUUCUUUCUUUCUUUCUUUCUUUGCUUCUUUGUUUGUUUCUUUCUUUCUUUCUUAUCUUUUUCUGGUUUCUUUUCUUUUUCUAUUUCUUUCACUUGCAUUUUAACUAUAUUUUUUCUUUCUUUUCUUUUUCUUUUUUUUUUUUCCCCUCAUUUUUUUUUUCAUAUUUCCUUUUUUGGCAAGACCCUCGCCAACACAUUUUUUCAUUUUUUUUUUUUUUCUUUUUUCUUUCUUUCUCAUCUUUUUCUGGUCUCUUUUUUUUAUUUCUUUCUUGCAUUUUAACUAUAUUUUUCUUUCUUUUCUUUUUUCUUUUUCCUACUCUCAUUUUUUUUAUAUUUCUUUUGGCAAGACCGUUUUCCUCUUUUUCUUUCUUUCUUUUCUUUUUUUUUUUUUUUCUUUUUUUUUCUUUCUUUCUUAUUCUUUUCUGGUCUCUUUUCUUUUUCUAUUUCUUUCACUUGCAUUUUAACUAUAUUUUUUCUUUCUUUUCUUUUUUCUUUUUCCUACCUCUCAUUUUUUUUCAAAGGUUCUUUUUGGCAAGACCGUUUUCCUCGCCAACACAUUUCUUUCUUUCUUUCUUUCUUUCUUUCUUUCUUUCUUAUCGUUUUCUAGUCUCUUUUCUUUUUCUAUUUCUUUUUCUUUUUCUUCUCUUAGUUUCAUUUUUCUAUAUUUCUCUUUUCUCUUUCUUCUUUCGUCUACCUCUCUUCCCUUUUGUUUUCCUUCUCUUUAUUUGCCUGCUUCUUUUCACCUUUUACCCUCUUGCUGUUAUUUUUCUCCUUAUUCUCUUCUUCUUCUUUCGUUUUCCUCUCUUUCGAUCCCAUUGUUUCUUUCUUUCUUUUUCACAUUUUAAUUCUCUUUCUUUUUCUCGUUCUACUUUUUCCCCUUCUCUUUUUCUUUCAUUUUCUCCUUCUCUUUUGUCUUUCCUUCUUUUUCUCUUUCUUUUCCCAUUCGUUGAUUUCUUUUUCUAUCUUUUAUUUCUUUACCGUUCUUUUUUAUUAUUAUUUUUUCUCUUCUCUCUGGCUUAUUUUUUCUUUAUUUAUUCCCUUUUUCUUCCAUUUUUUUUCCCCAAUUUCGUCUUUCUUUUUCCUAAUUUUCACUCUCUUCUUUCUGUAUUUUUCUUCUCUUUUCUUUUUAAAUCACCUCUCUUCAUUUUUUUUUUUCGUCAUUCUUUUUUCUUUCUUCCUUCUCUCUUUUAUCCCUUUACUGUCUUCUUCUUUCUUUUUCAUUUUCUUUUUCUUUUGUUUCUUGUUUGCCUCAUUUUCUUAUUUCUUUUCUUCUUUUUUUAUACAAGAAAAUCUCUCUUAUAUCCGGGUUUCUCUUAUAUCCGGGUCUCAUAUAUCCGGAUUACACUGUACUCUUUUUUCUACUCCUUCUUAUUUCUUUUCUUUCCAUCUUUUCUCGACUUUUUCGUACGUCUUUCUUUUAUUAUCGUCUUCAUUUUUUUUUGCUUUUUUUCUUCUUCUUUUUUUUCUCAUUGUUUUGUCCCUAAACGUUUACUGUCUCUCUAUUUUUUCUCUUAUCUUUCUUCUUCUUCUAUCAGUUCUUCCUUUCUUUCUUUCAUCCUAUUUUUUUAUCUUUCAUAA